AUGAUGUCCGUUCGUUCUAUUGCGCGCUCUGCGCCCAGGGCCCUGGCCCGUGCCUCCACCACAUCCACCAUCUCCCGCUACCAGAGGACGAGCAGCAUCCUCAGCGCCCGCCCGACCUCGCUCCUCCGCACACAGCAAGUCUCUGCCUUCUCAACAUCAAUGCUUCGGAAGGCAAUGGCCGGCGAGGUGGACGAGGAGGUGUCGGCCAAGCUGGCCAGCGAGAUCGACUUCGAGAAGGACGUCAAGCAGAACGAGCCACUGCCCGCCAGCAUCAAGGACUUCUUGGACAACAGCCCAUUCAAGGUUGAGGACGUUCCCGGCAGUGAGAAUGUUGUCCUUACGCGCAUGUUUGGUGAGGAGAAGAUCACGGUCACUUUCUCUAUCACCGACCUGCACAACUACGAGCCCGACAUGCUGGAUGACCAGGCCAUGGAGGAUGACCUUGACGAUAUGGAGCACGGCCACAGCCAGCAGGACCAGCGGGGUGGCGCCGCCGACCUUGCCCAGGAGGGCAACGAGGACCUCGAGGCCGGUGAAGACGAGACCUCCGUCCCCUGCCGUCUCAACAUUGUCAUCGAGAAGUCCAACAACAAGGGCGCUCUCAACAUUGAGGCGGUCGCCCAGGACGGUGCCAUUGUCGUCGAGAACCUCUACUACUAUGCCGACGCCAAGCUGGCCCACAGCACCGACGCCAACACUGUGCACGCCGCUCAGAGCACAUACCCUGGCCCGCCGUUCGGCAGCCUCGACGAGGACCUGCAGAUCCUGAUGGAGCGUUACCUCGAGGAGCGCGGCAUUACCCAGGCGCUGGCCAUCUUUGCGCCGGACUACAUGGACUACAAGGAGCAGAAGGAGUACAUGGCGUGGCUCAAGAACGUCAAGGGCUUCAUCGACGCUUAA